AUUGUGAGAAAGAUUGUGGUUUAUUAUUAGUAAACAAAUUCGAAAAUACAAAACAAAGAAAAUUUAAAAUUCUGUGCCUCUAAAGUUUGUAAAUAUUUAUAAAGAUUAAUGAAAAAGGGAUGAUUUUAAUUAUUAUUUAAAAGGUGACAUUUUUUGAACUAAGUUGUAAAUACAGUAUCGGUAAAAGUUAACCUUUAAAAUCGUAAAUAUUUAACAUAAAUUGGUUUAAAAUAGCCCAAUAAGAAAAAAAUAAACUAGUAAUAAAUGUAAAUAACAAAUUAAAACGUCACGCAAUUGAUUUUGUGGAUUGUAGUUGAAGAAGAAAACAACUAAGAUGCAAGGGGUCAGUGCACUUGCAUAAUUUGUGCAUAAUAAACAUAAUUGCAUUAAAAGUUAGAUUGAUGCCUAUAAAUUGCAGCUUGGGACAACAGUAGUAAGAUAUUCAUAUUACAAUUGUCUAUCAAAGUUUGAUAUUUACAAUACUGCAUAGAAAUGCAAUGAAAUUCUACUAAUAAAGGUCCUUCAAUAACACAAAGCUUGCUCUGAGAAGAAAUUGAACUAAGAAAUAAUUACAAAUGUUGCAACAGUAAGAAGGCAUCAACCAUGACUUAUAUACAACAUUUAGGUGCAACAAUUUGGCGUAGAAAAACUACAAUAUUAGUAGCAACUGGAUUGUUAAUUCUAUUGAUAUUUGGACUCCAGUAUUCUAAUAUGAGACACAAGGAAAAGGAAAAAUACAGGCAAAAGAAUGGAGAACAACUUCCAGAAAUGUUAGCUUUAGAUGCAGUUGAUGCAACCAAUGUAAAAUUUGUUGACAACAAUCUAAAAUCGAUACUGUUUACUGCAGCCAAUAAUGAAAACUCAUUAAAGGAUUUAAAAAUUAUACCAAACAUUGAAAAGCAGCUGGGAAUCCCUCUUGUUAAUAUUGAUUACAAUAAUCUUUAUAUACCCCAACAGCGAAUUGUGCAUUUUGAUCUUAAAGGGGCUCCUCCAAAAAUAAAUUAUCUUAAAAAAAUAUUUCCUAUUAUUAAGACAUUGGGUGCAACAGGUAUUUUAUUAGAGUACGAAGACAUGUUUCCAUUUAAAGGAGCACUGAAACAUUUGUCAGCUAAAAAUUGUUAUAGUGAAGAGGACUUAUCAGAGCUACUUAAAAGUGCAGAAGAAUCCAAAUUGGAUGUUAUUCCUUUGGUACAAACAUUUGGCCACAUGGAAUUUGCAUUAAAAUAUUCAGAUUGGAGUAAAUUAAGAGAGGUCUCCAAUAGUCCUCAAGCACUUUGUCCUAGUAGAAACGGAUCACUUGAACUUAUUAAGCAAAUUAUUCAACAGGUCAUGGCCCUUCAUCCGAAAGCAAAGUAUCUCCACAUAGGCUGCGAUGAGGUGUACCAUAUGGGCGAGUGUGAGAUUUGCAGAUUAGAACUGCGUGAGAACUUAUUUUUGCGUCACGUUCGCAAUGUCGCCGCUAUUAUUCACGAAAAGUUCCCUAGUCUUCGGUUGAUAAUUUGGGAUGAUAUGUUAAGACAUAUAAGUCAACAAAGCAUGCAAGAGAUCUCUUUAGGAGACCACGUUGAACCCAUGGUUUGGGUUUAUGCGGAAGACAUUUACCGAUUCGUACAAUCUCCGACUUGGGACAAAUACGCUGCAGUUUUUCAAACAGCUUGGACCGCCUCUGCUUUUAAAGGUGCUUUCGGUGAAACCUUGUACAUCCCAAACGCUAAAAGACACCUCGAAAAUAAUCUACAGUGGCUUUAUGUAAUGUCCCAACAAGCGAGAAGUUUUAAAAGGGGACUUUCGGGAAUUGUUUUGACUGGAUGGCAACGUUAUGACCAUUUUGCCAUCUUAUGUGAAUUGUUACCAGCGAGUGUUCCUUCUUUGGCCCUUUCUUUGCUCGCUGUGACACACGGUCAUUUUAAUUCGUCUCUUAGAGGACCCUUUUUGUCAGCGUUGAGUUGCCCAGAACACACGAGCUCGUCUAGACCGGUGCCGUUUAUAAAUCUGUUUGAUGACCCGUACCUUUGGGACAAAGUGGGACGUUGCAUGUUCCCAGGGAGUCCCGUUUUUCGUUUGACUUACCGUCUGCAUAAUUCUGAGGAAGAAGCAAAUGAAUUUAUAAAAUCCAUUCAUCAAAAUAAGGCUUGGUUAACCAUGUACAAUGUAAGGCAUAAUUUUAGCUCGCCUUUAAGAAUUGAAGAGUUGACUUCAGAAUUACCUAGAAUUUAUCACGGGUUUUUGUCUCUCAUGAGAUCCUCGCAAGACAUUUUGAGAGACGUUUUUGAUAAUUACACCGUUUUAGAAUGGAUUGAGCAAAGAAUAUAUCCAUAUGUUGUUGAGUUAGAAAAAAUACAAAAUCGGUCGGUAGCUUUGACGAUUUUUAAGACGUGGCCGAGAAGACCUUUGGCUCCUCUCAAAGAUCUGCAAAGAUUAGGCAUUUCAUUACCAGAAGAGUAAAAUUUAUCAUAAUCUUGCAAGCCAAUGUGUUUUUCGUUUUUGGUUGUUUAAUAAUUCGCCUUCAUCUUCAUAAUUUCAAUCUGUAAUUGUUAAUGUUAACCAUUUUUUUUAGGUUUACAAUUUUUUUUUUGAAAGGCAUUGCAUUUAUUAUUUUAAAUACUCAAAUAAUGGCUCAUUCCAAAGUAUUUAAUGUUAAGUAAACGGUUUUAGAUGGUAAUAUGUGUAAAAUUUAUUCCAUUUCGAAUUCUAUACAAAGGAUAAUUCAGGUACAAUAAAUUAUAAAAUUUUCGUUAACGUAUAAAUUAUUCUUAUAUCAAAUUUACUUGCACUGAUAAUUUGAUGAUGAUUUAGUAAUUGUGAUAAUUUCAUUACUUAUUUCAUCUUUGGUAAUAAGUUUGCUGUUUAAAGACUUAUAUCCAUAUUUAUUGAUCUCUUCCUUUUUCGAUAAUUUUACAAAAAUAUUUUCUAUAAGUAUUAUAUUUGUAACAAAGAAAGAUCUGUAAAAUUUACCUAAAAUAUUUAUUAUGCCUCUAAAAUAAUUUUACGAAGAGUCGGAAAAAGUUACAUCAAACCAAUGCAUGUAAUAUUUCUCAUAAAAUAUUAUAUGAAGGCUUUUGCAGCCGAAGUUCAUGUUCCUAUGCUAAAUUGCUCUAAAUUUUUCUAUUUUCAGACUUAUUCACUCUUACUAAAAUUAUUAAGUCUUUCGUCAUGAAUGAAAUGUAGAGGUUUAAUAAAACUGUACGUUAGAUACGUUGUGUAAUUUAUCUUUUUAUUAAUUAAUACAAUGCCAUAUGUAUGAUCAAUAUGGUUAAUUAGUCUACAGAAGACUUGGUAACAUAAUAACACAUUUGUGUUUUUUUUUUUGAAAUCCAUAUGAAAGACCUUAAGACAUCUUAUAUUUCAAGACAUAAAAAAGAAUUGUUGAGGUUUUAACUUUUAAUUUGUGGGCGCGCUGUAAAUUUUACAUUACUGUUACUCGUCAUUUUAGUCUCAUUAGAUAUUAUAAUUAUGAUAUUUAAUUGUAGCUUAUUACUAAUACGUGUGUGUUGUAUAUAUGGCUUGAAAUUGAUAAAAAAGAAGUGUUUAAGAUAUAAAUGUUGUGAAAACUUUUAAGCUGUAUCUUUUGCUGUUACUUUAUGUGAUAAUAAUAAUGAUACUGUUUUUACUAUUUAUAAAAGCUAUCGUUUUUUAAAUUAUUGUCAAAAACGUCAGCAUGCCAUCUUUUAAAUUUUGUAUAUAGGUAUAUUUAAUUUUAUUUUAUGUCCAGGCUGCUAUUGUAAAGACUAGCUCAAAGUUCUACAUCAGGAAAGUUCUUAUAAUUAUAUUAAUCCAAAAAACGCAGUCAAAAUUUCUGGUACUCCUUUUCAGUAUUUAUUAUAAAAGAAGGGGGAAUGAAACGUAUUAUAAAUACCAUAUAAGAAAUCACACCACAGACAGUUUAUUAAAGUGAUGUAGAAUCGUGAACUACAUUAUGCAUUUCUAUUUAUUUAUGAACUUAUCUCAUAAAAUAGAUGAUAAGGAAAUAUUUUGACGUAAUUUUAAAAAUCUCGUAUAUUUUACGGUACAAUUUCACUGCCACUAAAUUGAGGCACCUUUUUAAAUAGUUCUUGAUAUCGUAAAUAAGAAAACACUUUUAUCUCUUUACAAAUCAGAGUGUAAAUUAAAAAUUGUAGUGUUGAAAUAGAAGGUUGUAUCGCAGAACUGAUAUUUGUAAAUAAAAACUGUUUGAAAGCCCAA